AUCUGCGGUAGAAGACCCAUCUGGCGAUAGGGACGCUACGCGGAGGGCAUGACGGGAGCUGUAGUCUGCGCUUCCUGAGGGAGCCGGAGACGAGGAAAAUCAUGGCUGCGGCUUCUCCCGCGGGCCUGAAUAGGCCCGACGAAGCAGAGUCAAAUGCCGGGCCGGCGCCGACGCUUCAGUACAGCCUCCUGCUGGAGCACCUGGUGGGCGACAAGCGCGGGCCGAGGCAGCCGCAGGCCUUCGACCCGGCCGUCCUUGGAGGCUUCCCGACGCCGGCCAAGAGCCCCGAGCAGAAGAUGGUCGAGCGGGCCAUGGAGAGCUGCGGCUUCAAGGCGGUCCUGGCCUGCGUCGGCGGGUUUGUACUAGGCGGUGCCUUCGGCGUGUUCACAGCCGGCAUCGACACCAACGUCGGCUUCGACCCCAAGGAUCCGUACCGCACGCCGACCGCCAGAGAGGUCCUGAAAGACAUGGGCCAAAGAGGGAUCUCCUACGCCAAAAACUUUGCCAUCGUGGGUGCCAUGUUUUCCUGCACUGAGUGCCUGGUGGAAUCCUACCGAGGCAAAUCCGACUGGAAAAACAGCGUUAUGAGCGGGUGCAUUACUGGAGGAGCCAUUGGCUUCAGAGCUGGCCUAAAAGCGGGGGUGCUUGGAUGCGGGGGCUUUGCUGCCUUCUCUGCAGUCAUAGACUAUUACUUACGAUAGCAGCCAGAGUCCGUGAAGAAGGGCUUCCUCACAUCAGCGCUGCAGUGGACACAGUUAGCUGUCCUUUUCUUGGACUGCCAACCACUGGGGAAAGAGGCAGUGAGUUGCGAGCAGCGCCCCGAAGACGACGGCUGGCCAGCCGACCCAUGGGCAGAGCCAGUGAGCAACCUAAGCCAAAUGCUGACGGAGAGAGAACACUGGAGCACCUGAGCUCUCGACUCCUGCCGUUUGGUGCAGCUGCGUCUGGUGACGACGUUACGUGAGCACUUUUGCACUCUUUUGUAGUAGCUUUGCCACUACAUUUCUGAUGCAGGAGAAAUGGAAACGUAACUUAUUCCUGACACUGUAAAGGGUUUUGAUACUAAUAAAACAGGAACAAUCCUCCAAAGGAGCA